AUGCAGUCGAUGUUGUUCUGGCGACGGCAACCUUUCUCCGUCUUGGACCCCUCAGUGCCGACGAAGCGGAACUCCUUCUUGAGCACGAUAACGCGGGGUUCAUUGCGGUCUUGGAUCGAUAUCACCUAUGACAAGGCGGCUACCAACCCCCUCAUCGUUGGAAGCAACAAGACGCUGGUGGGCGAAGGCAGCAAGGGAGUCCUCAACGGAAAGGGCCUCAUGAUCACUGGCAGCAACGUCAUUAUCCAGAACAUCCACAUCACCAACUUGAACCCCCACCUGGUGUGGGGCGGCGACGCCAUUACCAUUCGUGGCAAUGGCAACGUCGCGCCCAAGGGCAUCUGGAUCGACCACGUCAAGAUCUCCAACAUCGGCCGCCAAAUGAUCGUCACCAACUUCUCGGGUGUCCAAGGCUUCACCAUCAAAGACGGAUUCGGCAACUACAUCCACCACACGUCGGGCCGAUCGCCCAAGGUCGGAGGCCACAGCGGCGAGACUACGGUCAUCUAUGCCGCCAACAACUACUUCUACGACAACACUGGCCACGCGUUCGACGUGUCCACCGGCGGCUAUGCUUUGGCCGAGGGCAACUACUUUGAAGCGGUCAUCGGUCGCGACUGCAAGCCCAACGUUGUCACCAAGAGCGGCGCCCUCAAGGGGAACUCGCAGGGUAAGGGCUCGCAGUUCGUCAACGUCAAGUCGCUGAUCAACCAGUACAAGGUGACGGCUGCUACCAAACUUGCAGUGGGGGCUGGUAACUUCGGUGUCGGCAGUCUGGGCAGUACUGCUGCUCAGUCGGAUCCGAUUCAGCAGUCGAGCUCCAGCCAGGGCAACAACAGUGCAGCUCAGUCAAAUCCUACUCAGUCCAGCGCUGAGUCCAGUGCUUACUCUAGCGCUGAUCAGUCAAGUCCGAUCCAGUCGAGUGCCUCUCAGUCGACUCCAAGCCCGGUCGAACAGACGGACGGGAAUCGCAAGUUGUGA